ACAUGGCAGAUUCGUUCGCCAAGGAGGGCCACAUGGACCUUGUAUCAUCAAUUCAAAUAUGUUUCAACAUCAGAUCAAAUAUGUUUUAAUAGUUAUAAACAUACACACACUAUACAUAUAUGUAGGAAUGGUAGGCUGAAUGAAACGUAACGCAAAGUGUGUGAAAGAGAGCGACGAGUGAGCGAGAGAGAAGAGAAUGACAGAAAAAUGGCGAACGGUGGUUUUUGAAUAAGAGAAAAGUACAAAAAUUAUACAACGUGGUAAAAUAAACAAAGUUUAUUAGAAAUAGUAAUCGUUUUCUUCAUGCCCCAUCCCACAUAUAUAUAAUUCUCAAUGACUUAACCAAUAGGUUCGACACGCGAGGCAUCAGCGGUUACAUUCCAAGCAUUAACGGAUGCGGUCUGGUCUAACUCUUUUGUUUGUGUUCGGUUUGCUGACGAUUAGGUACUAUUAAUAUUAAUUGAAUCCUAUUAUUAAUCAUUAUUAUUGAAUGUAUUGUUUGUUGUCCAAUAUUAUUAUAAAUGAAUGAUCUAUUUUGUCGAAACUGAGGUUGUUUUUGAGUUGCGGUUGAUGCGCGGACGCGUCACCGGCGACUGCCGUGGCCAGUAUUAAGCGAGCGCCGCGCCGAGCAGUUCAUGGCAGAACGAGAUAGACGCACUUUUCUUUCGCACAUGUUGAACGCUGAGAGGCUGAGAUUUGCACACAUAGCAACGUUUUACAUACACUCACACUACACAGUUACACGUCUCCAUAAUUUACAUAUUAUAAUGUAUUCUUUUCGUUUAGUAGUUUUGUUAUUAUAAGUAAGUUUUAUUCAUUUAUUCAUUUUGCAUAUAUAUUUUUGAUAGGAAUAUUUAUCUAUAAUAUCAAGUUAUUAUAAGUAAUGCAUUAUAAUCUAUGUAAGUAUCAUAGUAUGUUUUCUUUACUGUAUAUAAGUAGGUACGUAAUUGAGUUUGGUGUGUCCGUGGCUCACGUUCGAUAGGUCUCCCAUAACACCAGCGCCGCGGCCCGUGCUAAGCACGUGUCACGGCAUUAUGCUGAGGGAGAUCCUUUUUUUAUUUUGGGCGCCUCCAUUGUGUAUUUAAUGUCUGUAUUAUUUGUCUUCUUGUCUUUGUUUUUUUUUUGUUCUAUUUUUUUUUUAUUUCCUGUAAUGUAAGUUUGUAAAUGUGGCGUCCAAUAUGGAAAUAAAUAUUUUCUUUCUUUCUUUCUUCUUUCUUUGUAUCAUAUGAUCCAUGACAACUUUGUAUAAUAAAGUUUGUGCUGGAUCUGGUAUGGUAGCAUGAACAAAUUUAUCAAUAUCCAGACUUUCUACUGGUCUACCACCUUUUACUCUGAAGGCAAUAUGCGCGUGUGGUAGUCCUCUUUCUUGGAACUCUAUAACAUGCAUUAUGUAAACAUUUUUUCCGAAUCAUUUACCCGAUUUUAAAUCUUUUAAUAACUCUCCGAGUUUUAAGUUGAAAACUCGCGGACAUGUAAGGGGGUCUUUUGAUCAACCUGAUAGUGUUGAUUUUUUUUAUUUCAGGCCAUUUGGGGCUGCUAGUUAAAGUAAAAAAAUAUGAUGGUGGAGCUAACCUGUUUACCAUUGCUAUAGCAUCGAGGUAUUUUUUUUUUCAUGUACCGCGGACUCCCUGUGAAUGAGCUAGGUAAAUAAAUUCUACCAGAUUCUACUCCACCUUUUAAAAUAAACCCGUCGUUAAUUAACUCUUGGAGUGAAGCUACUCUUAGACUGAUUUGCUGUUUUGUUCGGCUAUUUUUUUAAAUCCGCAGGCGUUCUUCUAAAACUACAAAACAUAUCGACUAACCUAACUCUUCAGAUAAACGACCAAAUAUGCUAAAUCGCGAUUCUGAUAAAAUUACACAUUGGACAUAUUGAACCUAAUUAAGCUUUUUGUCGGUAUUACCUCUCAUAUCUGAAUGCCAACCCGUAUUUCCGUGAGGAUAUAAAAGAGGAUACUGAAAAGUCUCGUAUACGGAAUCCAUUAUAUCUAUUGAUCGAGGCCUACAGUCUGCUAUCUUUUUGACUACAAAUCAGCGUCGAGUAAAUUCUUCGCGAUCCGUGAGUCGCACAAGUAGUUUUUUGAACUUCAAGAAAACUUAUGAUACCUCUAAACUUAACCUUUUUUAUACAUUUUAUGUAUGGAUUAUCUGUGUGCAUGAACCCUGUAAUAAUUCGGACUACCGUUUUGUGUAAACUUAAUUCGUCAGCUAAACUCUCUCUUUCGCCACUGUCAUUUAUGUAAAAAUUAAUAUUAUUAGGACUUUCAUUGUAAGAUAAAUCAAAGAUAUGGUUGUAAAUACGUCCUUGAAUUUUUAGAAAAGAUAUACCUUCUGGGUGAUGGUAACCGUGGGAAACACCUAAUGCCGAAAAUGCAAAAAUGUUAUUGUAAGCGCGUGGUCUAUUUAAAAUAGUUUGGUAUAAAAUUCUUCGUGUAAUGGGAGAAUAAUGUGAACUAUAUAAUCUCCUGAAUGACAACACUAUUGCCGACGAGAUUUCUCUUCUUCGAACAAGAAGAAGUAAGGAGAUGAUAUCCUUCAUUACUCUUUCUUUCACACUUCGGCCACAUCUUCUACACCUCACGUAGAUACAUAUACACAUGAUUAUCACUAUCAUCGCUAUAGCAAGUAAACUAAAAAGUUCUAACUUUCUCUCAAUAGCGGCAGUGGCCGAGUUAUCUGAUCCUUGCUGAGCAAUAACAACUUCAGCGUUCUUAGAUUGUUGUUUGCCCAUAGUGACUAUGAUAGGUAUCUAUCACAAUAUUAAACAAAGUAUACUCUUGAGAGUUCUACGUAAAAUGAUUGAAACUUUGAGGUUACAUUUACAAGAAAUUUCAUAUGACAUACAUUUAAUGAUUACUCUAUAUUAUAUAAGAAAACGCACCGGUGGCCUACUGGUUCUGCCACACCGGGUGGUAUAAGUGAUUACCUUAUCGUUAUUCUCUCUACUUAAUUCUGAAUUUAAAUCUACGUUUGUACUGCCUGAUAUUGGACCUGAUUUCUCAACACAUGUUUCUGACUCUAAUAAAUAUGCAGGUUUUAGCCUAUCUAUAGCUAUAUUUACCUGUCUGUUGUCUAACUGAACUUUAAAAACUUUAUCUGUCCUACUUAUGACGCUGUAUGGGCCAUCGUAAGUAGGGGUCAAAGGUUUCUUCACUGCGUCAUUCCGGAUAAAUACACUUUUGCAAGUCUUGAGAUCUUUAUGUAUAAAUAACUUACGAGGAUCGCUAUCAACUCGUGGCUUGGGUCGCACACUGUGCACGAUGUUGCGUAACUUCUCUACAAAAGUAUAUUGAUCAACAGAACUGAGACAUGUGUCGUUAUAAAAAUCUCCGGGUAAGCGUAAUGACUGACCUGUUACUAACUCGGCUGCACUAAGGUCUGUGUCACACCGGCUGGCGGCGCGUAGUCCAAGCAGUACGGUGGGUAAUUCUUCAUCCCAUGACGUGUUAUCAAUUAACCGGCUAGUAAGUGCUGCCUUUAGAGAUCGAUGCCAUCUCUCUAUCUUACCAUUACUCUGUGGAUAGUAGGGUGUUGUCCUGAUGCGCUGUACUCCUAGUAAUCGAAGUAGGCUGCUAAAGAGUUCGCUUUCAAACUGCCUACCUUGAUCGCUAGUCAGCUGGGAAGGGCAACCGAAUCUACUAAUCCAGUUGUCGUAUAAUGCUCUGGCUACUGUAUCUGCUGUGAUGUCCCUGGUAGGUACUGCCUCUGGCCAAUGCGUAAAUCUGUCUAUUAUUGUAACUCUACUCUUUACUACAACAAUAUCUAUGUGUAUAUGCUGAAAUCUUUCGCUGGGCAAAAACUGACCUAAACUCGAUACUGUAUGACGAUUUACCUUACUCUUUUGACAAUUUACACAAGUUUUCGCCCAUGUACGUACAUCCUUAUUCAUACUCGGCCAAAAGAACCUAGAAGCAACCAUCUUCAUUGAUGUUCUGAUACCUGGGUGACUAAUUUGAUGAACUGACUCGAAAACUUGUUUCCUGAACUUCUCUGGAAUAUAAGGUCGAAUAUCUAGACACGCGGUCGCGUGUCAAGCCAAGUCAAGGAACAGAACUGGCGAGCCGCACCGUGUGUAAUAUUACACGAACCAUUUGGAGCCACUUUUGACCCCCUCAUAAAUCAAAAACUAUUUCACAUAAACGUAUCAAAUUUGGCUUAUAUAUUGAGACUAACGAGAUACAUAUGUGUUCUAAAUUUCAUAAGCUUAUCUCAAACGGUUAUUUAGAUAUUAAUGUCCAAAAAUCCUCAUUUUUAUCAUUGACUGACUGACUGAUCUAUAGAUCAAAAUUCUAACCCAGUUCCAGAUGACCUAGAGAGUUAAAAUUUGGCAUGCAGAUAGGUAGUUAGAUGAAUACAAAGGAAAAAAUAUAAAACUGGCAAUUUUUAAAUAUUUAGAUUCUAUUAUGAACGCUUAACUAAAAUACCUAAUGAAGAAUGUUACUAAGUAUGCUAAAUCGUUUGAAAUGAUGUCUCAGUAAAGUCUGUGUGUAUACAAAUACACUGGUUUUUGUUGUAGUUAAAAAUACUCAGAAGUUUUGAUUUUAUAGGCACUCAAAGUUUCGAAAAAUACCGAGUCCCGCUAACAGUCACGUGACCGCUUGUGACGUCACAACGCGCCGCGCGGGCCGCGGCCCGCAUAGUAGGUAUUAAGUCGCCAGCAGUUAUAGUAUAUAGUAGCUUGCGCAGUAUUUUGUUGUUUUCGUCCUAAUAAUAGUAAAUAUUAUUCGAUUAAUAAAAUGGAUGAAGGAUUCGAAAAAGGGCAAUCGGAUAAUCUACCUGAAUUACCUAUAUGGAUGAAUGGUUGCGCAUUAUUUGUCAACAAAUAGUGAUUUUGUUGCCGCCGAAACGCGAGGAAUAAAAAUGCAAUUGUGAGUCAACUUUCCGUGCUACUACUUAUGCUUAAUAGUUUAUUCUAAAUUGUUUUAUCAAAACAAAAUAGACACAGACAAGCGCCAUCUAGCGCAAACCUAUUGUAACAAUUUAGUUUGGCUAGCUGGCUGCGUCCAUAUUUUUUAUGAUAGGAAAUUGUAAAGUAGUAACCAAAAUAACCAACAGAUGGCGCUGUUAACCAACGCCAAAUAAAUAGAGAUACAAAAUGGAGUAACGACGAAGGACGCAUUUUAUUUUCCCGCUCCCUAAUAAUUAGUACAUUGAACAAAGUCAUACCAAACAUACCAAAUCUAUUUCUUCAGUAGGUACCCAACUUAUGUCAUAAUGGAAGAAUGUAACUCAAAUAGUAGAAGUUAUAAGAACCUACCAUCAUUUUUUUACGUUAAAGGCAACAAAUAUGCACCUAUUAUAGUUUUGUAGCUAUUGGUAUGUAUGUAUAUAUAGGUAGGUACCGCUCUUCUUAGUAAAUUUAAGAGCCCCCGCAAACCACAGACUUUCUAUCGGCCGAUAGUUUGGUCGGGCUUAUAAUCAGUAUGAAGAUGUAUGCAAGUCUGCAUACUACAACGAUUUGGUAUCGGCCGAUAAAUAAGUUUGAUGGGAUACUCAACUGCGUUCAAACUGAACUAUCAGCAAACUAUCGUAUCGGCCGACUGCUAUAUCAGUAUGGAGCUCCUUGCAAGCGCGCACACCGACCGGUUGUUUAGUCGGCCGAUGGUUCACUUCGCUCCGAGUUUGGAGCCGGAAGGUCGUGCAUUCUUUUUAUUAUGGCACUGUCUAGUAAUUUUGAAUGCAUCGUGUAAAAUUUUCCAUUUAAUAAUCUAUCACUGUAGAUGGGAUGCACCCAAUACUCUUGGACACUCUUCUUGAUUUUUUUCCUCCGUUGUAUUAGAGCAAUUAUAAUAUUUCUGGACAAUAUUUUACUACGAGUAACUUUCAUUAUGCGACAGCUUUCUUCAAUAGUAGCUUAAAAACUGAAUAUCGUCGGCCGACUGUUGCCUAGCUUAGGCAUAUCCGUUUUAGUAGGUAAGUAUCUAGGUAUACCUACUUACUUAUUUACAAUUAAGAGUAGGUAUUUAUACUCGGUUUACAUAUUAUUAACUGGGAUAAAUUAUUAUUUUUAUAUUUAGCGCACAUCAAAUCAAUAGUGUAAAAUCAUUAUCUACUCAUAAAUUAUGAUAAAAUAAUACCUAAAAAAAGUAAUGAUAUCCAAUCAAAAACAUAAAUGUGAAAUGACAGCCAAGUUCAGUACAAUGAUAAAUGCUUUGGUUGUUGACUUCAACGACAAAAGAAGUGAGAUCUAAAUGGGUGCCAAGUUCAAUGGUCAGUCCUGAAUUUAUUUAUAAGUAACAGUAUAACAUAAAAUAUCUUCUUAUAACAUAAGAUAAUGUAUUGUAGCCUAAGCUCUGUCUUGGCUAGUUUUUAUAAACCUACCAAAGAAUUAUUAUGUACGAUCGUUAGUUUCUACCAACAAUCCGAAUUUUCGGAAUUAUAAAAUAAGAACCGACAAAUACUUGUAGUUUUAGAACUUGCGAAGGCUAUAAUUCAUAUAUCAAAACUAGCCAAGACAGACCUUAGGCUACAAUACAUUAUCUCAUGUUUUAAGAAGAUAUUUUAUGUUAAGGUGCUCCCACACACAGCAGUUAUAUAACGCUAUAAAACAGUUUGUAACACGAUAACAUUUUAUAACAGUGUGUAACAAUACGCUACACCUUGUUAAGAAAUGUUAUAUGUUAUAAACGCUCCCACAUUGGUUGAAUACGUUGUAUAACAUCAUAUAACAUUAUGUAACAAUCAGUUUGGGUUUGUCUUUCGAGAAGGCUGGUAGUGAGUCAUAAUGGAGGAAGUGCUAAUAGGUUUGGCCUUUAUUUUUUGUUUGAAAAAAAAGAAGAAAAGGCGAUCUUACUGGAUGCGUCGAACUCUGAAAGCGAGAGAACAUUACAGUGCUACAAAAUAUUUGGAGGAUUUGGGUAUUGAUGGCUGUUUGAACGAUUUUUUAAGAAUGAACAGUUCAGAAUUUGAAUUUCUCCUGAAUUUAGUCGGAAAGAAUAUUGCUAAGCAGGAUACUAAUUGGAGGAAAUCUAUAAAUUAUACAGAAAGAUUUGCAGUUACAUUAAGGUUUUUAGCAACCGGUUGCAGUUACGGUAGUCUUGGAGAUGUGUUCAAAAUAUCACACCAACUUAUAAGUAUGAUCAUACCGGAAGUAUGCGAGGCUCUCGUCGAGGGUUUACAAGAAUAUUUACACAUGCCAACAUCUGCUCAAGAAUGGUUACAGGUUGCAAAUAAAUUUUUUAAUCUGUGGAAUUUUCCCCAUUGCCUGGGAAGUAUCGACGGAAAACACGUAGCCAUACAAAAACCAAUAGGAAGCGGAAGCGAAUAUUACAAUUACAAAGGAUUUUAUAGUGUUGUUCUUUUAGCAUUGGUUGACGCUGAAUAUAAUUUUUUAUACGUAAAUAUUGGGUGCCAAGGACGUAUAAGUGAUGGCGGAGUAUUUGCAAACACACUCUUACGAAAAAAAAUAAUUGAACGUAAUUUGAAUUUACCAAGAGAUUGCCCACUUCCAGGAAGAACCACACCUGUUCCUUAUGUAUUUGUAACAGAUGACGCAUUUCCGUUAGAAAAGCAUUUGCUAAAACCUUUUCUAGGACCCCAGGACAACAAUACUAAAGAGAGAAAAUUUAAUUAUAGAACGAGCCGCGCAAGAAGAACGGUAGAGAAUGCGUUUGGAAUUUUGUCAGCCAGAUUUAGAGUAUUACGAAGUAUAAUUUUAUUAGAUCCACAAAAGACUACUACUUUAAUUAUGGCAUGUGUGCUUCUACAUAAUUUUUUGAGGAAAACCAAAUCAAGCACUAUUUACGCCCCACCUCAAUAUUAUGAUAAGGAAAAUUCAGAUGGUACGCAUACUUCCGGACAAUGGAGAUCAGAUACACAGCAGUUAACAUCACUGCAACCAGUUGAAACACAGACAGAAGAUGGGAAAGUAAUAAGAAAUGAGUUUGCUGAUUAUUUUUCACACCAAGGUUUACUGGAUUGGGCUUCUAGCUAUUAUUAACCAUAGUUAAAAUUAUUACUCACCGACAAUCCCCCAUCAACAGUUUCUUCUGGCUUAUUUCGAUCUUUUAAAAAUAAAAGUUUUUUAUACGCAAACCAUUUAGGUAUAUCGUCAGCCCCCGCACCUGAUUUAGGCUUCUUACACUCUCUCUGAAAUUGGCCUAUAAGUGACCGCAUUUUUUUUUCAAUCGCCUGUUUAUCUAAAUUAAAUUCAGCCGCAAUUUGCAUCCACGCGUCAUGUUUUUUAUUUCGAUCCUUGUAUUCAUCCAUCUGCGUAUUCCACAAGACUUGUCUCUCUUGAAAUAGUUCAAUCAAUGUGAUCACAUUUUCAUUACUCCAAGUAAAACCAGACAUUUUGUCAAAUCACAUAUAAUACGUGCUUCACCACUUCACUAACCGAACCGACUAAAGAUGCGUACGUGACGAGACGAACGCGCGCGCAAUCCCCCCGCGCCCUUCCGCUAACGUCCCGCUAGGUUCUGAUCAUGUUAUCCCUUUCCAACCGAAGAAACGAAAUCUUUCGUAGGCCUAUAAAAUGUUAGUGACAGCUUUUUAUGCCAUGCAAAGACCCCGGGAAAAAUGCAAAAAAAAAUCCCAGCUUAGCUGGUCUUCAGCAAUCAGACUCUCACGAUUGUGAGCCGUAGGAAUAAUUUGUAAGUCGCACGAUCGUGAGUCUAUGCGACUUGCAUAAUAUUUUAUCCUAUUAGUAGAAAUAAAACACAUUUGGUAUGAGAAAAUUGUUUUAUAGUAAAUAGUAAAUGAGUCUUAGACCACUUCUUAUUAAGAAAAAUGUAACACAAUACAGGUCUUCGUGUAACAUUUUUGAAUUUACGUCAUUUCGCAAGGUGUUGUGGCUGAGGAGAAGAAAUGACAAGAAACUGCAACAGCAACACAUCUUUUAAAAACCAAUGAGGGUAUAUAUACAUUACAAGUUAUUUAAUAACUAGAGGGACACAUUAAAUACCAGACAUUUUUAUCAUUUAGCUGGUCAUUAAUAUUAUAAUAAGCUUUUUUUACAUAAAGUAAGCUUCACAUGAGCUUAAAAUUUAUUUUCUGACAAAUUUAAAAUAUUAUCUGGUAUUUUAUUGUAAAAACGUGUACAUAACCCCAAAAAAGAUGAAUUUAAUUUACUUAAUCUAGAAUUUUGAAUAGCAGUUUUAUUUUUGCUUCUUGUAUUGCUUUGCGGAGUGUUAAAAAUCGAUCCUUGGUCAUUACGCCGCUAUAACUAAAUCAAGUUUGAUACCAGCUCUCCAAUGCCACGCCAAUCUAGGGUAGGGAAUGCUGCCCACGAUUAUAUGAAUCGACAAUAGCUUUGCUAUCUCAGCGACAGUAGUUUUUAGUUCACGCCCAUUAGAACGUAAAUAAUAGAUAAGUAUUUGUACAGCUACUAAUCUCCUCCAGAAAGUCCUCAUUGAAAUAUUCGUAAAAAUAAUCAAUGGAUUGCUUUACUGGUUCUAUUGGCAGAGUCGGAUAGUCAUGGGAUUUAUCCUGGAACUGAGCUUCCUUCCACAAUCUUUUUCGCAUCGUAGACCUACCCCGUAGAACUGUAGGUAUAAUAGAUGCAGACCUUCCUCUUUCUCCUCUUAGUGCACACAUGGACAUUCCUCCUCUUGUUAUUGAUCCAGGCCUUCUUCCUCUUCUUAAUAAGUACGGAUGCUGACACGUUUGCUCGUGCACUUGCAAUAGAUGGGCACAAACUAAUUGGGCUCGUACGGCUCGGUGCGAAGGCUGACUCUUUUUGACGAAAAUUUCUUGUUGGUCUAGCUGAUGACCCUGGUAAAAUUGGAGAACUCGGCUUCGAUAGAUACUGUUGAAAUAUUUUCCGGUUCAGGCGAUCGUUCUACUACCACUUACUCUUCAGGGUCCUCGUCUGUUAGAUCUAAGUUAUCCAUUUCCCUAAAGAGAUGGUUUUGUACUAAAUCGAGGUCAUCAUCAUCUAAAUCUUCGUUCUCCAAAAGGUUUUGGUUUUCUAAUACUGCCGCUAUCAGUUUGUCAGUUAUAUGACCCCCUUAAAAAACAAAAAACGUAUUUUGUAAGCCUUAUAACCAUAAAAAGGUCAUACACAUAGAAGAAACCAAAUAUGCACCUAACAACCGAAGCCACAUGAUCGUGCGAGUGCAUUUUUAAACUCGAUUUGUCUUAUAUUAUACCACAAAAUGUACGUAAAUAAGCAUGUUUCUAUAUACAGGCAUGAUUAAUAAGUGCAUUUAAUGUAAAAACAACACAAAAAUGUAUAUAAUUUCACAAAAAAUAUGGUACUUACGUGAGCGGGUCUGACGGUCAAAAAACGCAGCCAUCCCUGACGCAGCCUCCGGGCGACUGACAGGCACAAACUGGCAUGCAGGGGCCUGCACUAUUUUUUCCCGCGUUUUUAGUUAGCGCAACGAUCGUAAGACGUCGGUUGCGUUCGGAAAAUCAAAGUAUUUUUUUGUACAGAUUUUUUUAAAGUUUAAACUCACAAUCGUUUCAUAUCGGGUGGAAAGGGUUAUACAACAAAAGUUAUAUUUUGUUAUAACAUGUUGUAAUCAGUUGUAAAACAUUUUGUUGAAUUAAGUUUUAUAACAUUAUUAACAAUUUAUAACUUUUGUUAUAAUUUGUUAAAAAAAGUAGAACAACAAAAGUUAAGCAACAUUCUAUAACGUUAUAUAACUGCUGUGUGGGAGCACCUUUAGGCGCCAUUUUGUUCGCACUACUCACUGUCAAGUGUUGCCACAGUGGAUUUAACUACCAAUUUGUAAUUACAAUUUUAACGCAAAUUUUAAAAACAGGUGAUACAGAUUUUUUUUUCUACGUUGUUUGAGACGACGAACAUAGUCGAAU